UCCAUCUUGUCGAAGUAACUUGCUAGCUCCUCACUGAAGGUCAAGACGAGAAAGCUGCUCAAUAAGCUAACUCGCCCAAGUUCCCAACAAGGACGUCAAGACCGCACCAAGAUCGAGCAAUGUCGUCGUCGUCACAGGCCCUAGCCCUCGUCUCGUUUGCCCUCCUGCUCAUCUGCUCCACUCCCCUCCUCGCUGAGGCACAGCAGUCACAGUCGGUGUCCGACGUGUGCGCCGACCCUUCGUUGGACAGCGCCUGCCACAACGUUCCCAAGGCGCUGCGCCUGAAGCUGAUCGCCAUCCCGACCAUCCUCAUCUCCAGCGUGAUCGGCGUUUGCCUGCCGCUCUUCGCACGGUCGGUGCCUGCGCUCCAGCCCGACCGCAGCCUCUUCUCCAUCGUCAAGGCCUUCGCGUCGGGCGUCAUCCUCGCCACCGGCUACAUGCACGUGCUGCCGGACUCCUUCAACAACCUCACCUCGCCCUGCCUCCCCAAGAAGCCGUGGGGUGACUUCUCCUUCACCGCCUUCGUCGCCAUGCUCGCCGCCAUCUUCACGCUCAUGGUCGACUCGCUCAUGCUCACCUUCUACAACCGGAAGAAGGGCGGCGCUACCGGCCCCAGCAGCGCUGUGGUCGCAGAUCACGAGAGCCCGGAGCAGGGAGGACACUGGCACAGUCACGGCCACGGUCAUGGCCACGGCGUGGCCGUAGCAGACGACGCCGAGGCUGGUAAGAUGCAGCUGCGACGAAACCGCGUCGUCGUUCAGGUUCUCGAGAUGGGCAUCGUGGUGCACUCGGUGGUGAUCGGGCUGGGCAUGGGCGCGUCGCAGAGCGUGUGCACCAUCCGGCCGCUGGUGGCGGCCAUGUGCUUCCACCAGAUGUUCGAGGGCAUGGGCCUCGGCGGCUGCAUCCUCCAGGCGGAGUACGGCAUGAAGAUGAAGGCCGGCCUCGUCUUCUUCUUCUCCACCACCACGCCCUUCGGGAUCGCGCUCGGCCUGGCGCUCACCAAGGUCUACAAGGACAACAGCCCCACCGCGCUCAUCGUCGUCGGCCUGCUCAACGCCGCCUCGGCCGGGCUGCUGCACUACAUGGCGCUCGUGGAGCUCCUCGCCGCCGACUUCAUGGGGCCCAAGCUGCAGGGAAGCGUCAGGCUCCAGCUCAUCUGCCUCACCGCCGUCCUCCUCGGCGCUGGCGGCAUGUCCGUCAUGGCCAAGUGGGCGUGACCGUGCGACGGCUCUCCCGCGCGUGGCGUGGCCACGCCCUGCAGUAUGCUCUACGUGUAGUAUGCAACUAUGCAUUGCCGCCCUAGACUAGUAAUUAAGCUCGCGUGAUGGAUCACCCUCAGCCAGCAGGUCACGUUGUAAACUUGUAAUCUUUGUACUUGUCGUACACGUCUAAUGGACAAGAAAUACUAUGUGUAAAAAGUAAAAACUGACGAU